AUGGAGCAACUGGUUAAUCCAAUCCUCUCGGACGUUGCCAGAUGGAUGUCCGACAACGGACUAAGACUUGCCCCUGAGAAGUCGGAGUGCGUCAUCAUUACCGGGAAGCACAAUUUCGCCGUACCGCAGCUGAGUGUACAGGGGUUCCAAGUGCCAACGAGACGAGCCAUCAGGUACCUGGGCGUACAAUUGGAUACCAGACUGUCGUUCGUUGAACACACUAAUACAGUAGCUGCGGGAGCUAGAAGAGCGGCGGCCGCGAUUGGGAGGCUGAUGCCCAACGUGGGAGGGCCCUCGCAGGCCAAACGCAGGUUACUCAUGAGUGUGGUGCAUAGUCGACUGCUCUAUGGCGCCCAGAUAUGGGCUGAUACCGUCCGCGACGUGAAGAAAGCGGAAAACUCACUCCUGAUGGCCCAGAGGGUCGCAGCUCUGAGAAUAGCCAGGUGUUACCGUACGGUCUCUGACAUGGCGGCGCUAGUACUCGCCAGGACGCCACCUGCAUCCCUUCUGGCGCUGGAGAGGAAGAGAGUCGGCGAAUCGAGGAAGACCGGUGUCCUCGUAGCCAAACCAGUUGUGAGAGAGGAGACAAUUAGGCAAUGGCAAGUGCACUGGGACUCCACCAAAAAGGCAGCGUGGACUAAACGUUUGAUCCCGGAUCUACAAAGAUGGUGGCACCAUGGUCCGAGGCAAGUGAGUUUUCACAUGUCGCAGGCACUCUCCGGCCAUGGUUGCUUUCAGAAGUAUCUGUGGAAAAGGGCAAGGGCUACGAGUCCGUCUUGUGUUCACUGUCAAGCCGCCCUCGACGAUGCGGAGCACACGAUAUUCCUAUGCCCCUUCUGGAACGACAACUGA